AUGGAAGCAAUGGGACGGAUUGGACAAGAUGAUGAGGAUGUUGAAGAAUUAGAAGUAGAAAUUUGUUCAUUUCUUGCUGUUGUGACCUCAAUUGAAGAAGAAGAGAUGAGGGAAGUUUAUUUAUCUUGA